CCAUGUCCCCUGCAUUGGCAGGCAGAUUCUUAACCACUCUGCCACCAGGGAAGUCCCCUGAUUGAGUUUUUAGCUUGAGGGAAAAGAGCUGAUGGAAAGGGACAAGUUGAAGGUUCAGUAGAGUGGAGAUAAAUGGAGAAAAGUCCUGGACUAGAAGGGAGAGGAUGGGAUCAGAAGCUCUGUCAUGAAUAGGCACCUGCAAGUAAGCAGUGCAUUGAUAGGGAUAUUAAUUAGAGACAGGGGCGUUUAGGGAGUUCAGUAAAGGAGGUGAUAUUCUUCUGAGGAAGGGAGGGGGUGGAAGGAGAGUGAAGAAGGUGUCUAAUAGUUGUGGAGAAGUUUGGAUACAACUAGUAAAAAGACCGUGUAGGGCAAGCUGGGAUUGGAGGUCAUCAAUCCAUCCUGCACACAGAUAAAUUAAAGUCUACACAAUUCCACAGAGAAAGAACUCCAGAUUUUUAAACUAGCUUUCCUCCAUUAUGUUCAAGAUUAAAUAUCCUUCGAUAGUGUAUCCUAGCAAUUUCACUUUAUCUGCUAAUUUACCUUCCCUCUUCCUUCCUUCUUCCUUAUACUUCUCCUCCAGUAUGUACAGAUUUUCCCUCUCUUUGUCAGUUUGGGUCAUUAAGGAGAAAGAAAACCAUCUAAGCGAAUCUCCUCCUUAACAGGCCACCCUGUCAGGAAGCUCAGGACCCUGAGUUGGCAGGUAGAGGACCUGGCCCCCAAGGAGCUUUCUUUAAUUUCAAGGGUUCGAUCUGGCUCUAAAAUUCUCCAAGUCUUCCAACUUGAUCUUAUUGGGGGUCUACUCAGUCAAGAAUGAAUUUAAAGAGCACUUGAGUGUGAGGAAAUGCAAACAUUCUGCCUUUGUGGAAGUUAAAAAACUGUUUAUCAUAGUAGUGAAUCAUUAGGUGACUUUCCAUUUUAGAGCUCUACCCAUUUGGUCAAUAAGUGCAUUAUGAAAAACUGGAUACAUUGCAUCACUGUGAAGGACUUUAGACUGCGGUUUGCAAAAGCAGAAUAAAUUUUCUUGGAGUCGUACCGUUAUGUACACACGCUCGCGCGGGCGCGCGCGCACACACACACACACACACACACGCAUUCACACGCCCAUUGGCAGACACGGCCACACCUCACGGCUCUGGGGGAAGCCACAGACCUCAGCUGUACAAGCUGAGCCUGGACUAGAGGAACUUUCCGCGGGACUCGGGACAAACAGCCGCACCGACACGACUGUCUGCGAGCCUGAGUCCCAGACGAGCGCCGGCGGCGGCAGGUACUCCGGGCCCCCGCGGCAGGGCCUGAGCAGCGCAGCUGGGGCGGCGGCGGCGGCGGCGGCGGAGGCGGGAGGGUCCCGGGCUGCCGAGGUCUUGCCAGUGCGCGCGCGCCAGCCGCCUCCCCUCCGCCCCUCGCUGCCGGCCUCGGGCAUCCACGGCCGGUGGUCCAGCCGCCCGCCACGGCCCUGAACAUGGCCGCAAGCCCCGCUGCCCCCCUGGCCUGGGCGCUGCUACUCCUCUCGUGGGCUCUGCUCCGCGGCGGCUGCCGGGCGCGCUUCGCUGCCGAGCCGGACUCCGAAGACGACGAAGGGGAGGCGGUAGUAUUCUCCGAGUCGCCCCUGCAGAGACCCACGGUGAUGGUGGCCGUCCUCGCGCGUAACGCUGCGCACACGCUGCCUCACUUCCUCGGCUGCCUGGAGCGGCUGGACUACCCCAAGAGCAGGAUGGCCAUCUGGGCAGCCACUGAUCACAAUGUGGAUAAUACAACAGAAAUACUCAGGGAGUGGUUGAAAAAUGUCCAGAGAGCCUAUCACUAUGUGGAGUGGAGGCCUAUGGAUGAACCUGAGUCUUAUCCUGAUGAAAUUGGACCAAAGCACUGGCCUGGCUCCCGUUUUGCCCAUGUGAUGAAACUACGACAGGCAGCCCUUCGAACUGCGAGGGAAAAAUGGUCAGACUACAUUCUGUUCAUAGAUGUUGACAACUUCCUGACUAAUCCACAGACCCUCAAUCUACUGAUUGCAGAAAACAAAACCGUUGUGGCCCCCAUGCUGGAGUCUCGGGGCCUGUACUCUAAUUUCUGGUGCGGAAUCACACCUCAGGGCUUCUAUAAACGGACCCCAGACUAUCUUCAGAUUAGAGAAUGGAAGAGGUUGGGCUGCUUUCCGGUCCCCAUGGUCCACUCCACAUUCCUAAUUGACCUCAGGAAGGAAGCCUCUGACAAGCUGGUGUUCUACCCCCCACACCAGGACUACACCUGGACCUUUGAUGACAUCAUCGUCUUUGCCUUCUCCAGCAGGCAAGCAGGCAUCCAGAUGCACCUCUGCAACAGAGAGCACUACGGCUACCUGCCCAUCCCCCUGAAGCCCCAUCAGACCCUACAGGAGGACAUUGAGAACCUCAUCCAUGUGCAGAUAGAAGCAAUGAUUGACCAUCCUCCAAUGGAACCUUCCCAGUUCGUCUCAGUUGUCCCUAAAUAUCCAGACAAGAUGGGAUUCAAUGAGAUUUUCAUGAUAAACCUGAAGCGUAGAAAGGACAGGCGGGACCGGAUGUUACGUACCCUGUACGAGCAGGAGAUUGAAGUCAAGAUUGUCGAGGCUGUGGAUGGAAAGGCACUCAACACAAGCCAGCUGAAGGCCCUGAAUAUUGAAAUGCUGCCAGGAUAUCGAGAUCCCUACUCCUCCAGGCCUCUAACUAGGGGUGAAAUUGGCUGCUUCCUUAGCCACUACUCUGUCUGGAAAGAGGUAAUUGACCGAGAGCUGGAGAAGACUCUCGUUAUUGAGGAUGAUGUGCGUUUUGAACAUCAGUUUAAGAAGAAGCUCAUGAAGCUGAUGGAUGAUAUUGAUCGAGUCCAGCUGGAUUGGGAACUGAUUUAUAUUGGCAGGAAGAGGAUGCAACUAAAAGAGCCAGAGAAAGCUGUGCCCAAUGUGGUAAAUCUGGUCGAAGCUGACUAUUCUUACUGGACUCUGGGCUAUGUCAUCUCUCUGGAAGGAGCACAGAAGCUUGUUGGAGCCAAUCCUUUUGGGAAGAUGCUACCAGUGGAUGAGUUUCUGCCAAUCAUGUACAACAAGCAUCCUGUUGCUGAGUACAUGGAGCAUUACGAAUCCAGGGACUUGAAAGCCUUCUCUGCAGAACCCUUGCUCAUCUACCCAACACACUACACAGGCCAGCCAGGGUAUCUGAGUGACACGGAGACCUCAACCAUCUGGGACAAUGAGACAGUGGCCACUGACUGGGACAGGACACAUGCCUGGAAGUCCAGGAAGCAAGGUCACAUCUACCGCAAUGCCAAGAACACAGAGGCCCUGCCACCGCCAACCUCCCUGGACACUGUGCCUUCGAGAGAUGAGUUAUGAGGGCUCCAUGGGGGGGUUACUGCCCUGUGGUUUUCCUAAUGGGCUGUUGAUAUGUUUGUUCCAGUUUCUUUUCAUGGUCACGAUCAUCUAACCAAAGUGGUCUAAUGUGAUUGAUCAAAAUUAGUAUGUUUUUGACAGGGGAAGGGAAUAGGGAAACUAAACCCAAAUUUCCUAGAUGGCUAGAAAAUAGGCUUUAUGGAAACCAUUAAGAUGAACUUCAAUCCAGACACCUUGUCCCUCAGUUCAUUACCCAUAUGAUACUCGUUCUCAUGUUGAGGUUGAACAGCAUGGCUCAGAGAUUCAUAAAAGGGAAAGGUGAUCACCACACUAUCACGUCAAUAAAUGGGUAGGCCUGGCAGCCAAGUCAACUGGACCACAUCUAUUGGUCUAGUGUGCCCAUUUUAUGUCAUAGAUGUGACGUUGAAAACUUGAGUAUGUUCUAAGUUCGGGGUGUGGGGGAGGGGGAAUCAGACCAUUUAAAAUCAAAUUAAUUGGGCUUUUUCUUUAAAGGCAUUUGCCGUGAGCCUUAUUGCAAAGUGACUUUUUCAUCUUAGUCCCCGUUAUCCAACAGGGAUGGGUAUUUGGGUCUGUGUGUAACUUGGCAUUUGACUAUCAUGGCAAUUGAAGCUCCCAUGAAGAGGUGUCCAUUUUGCCAUGAGCAUAUAGUUUCAUAGAUAUUUGAGGGUUUGUGUAGAUAUUUGAGGAAAGCACUCAAACUUUGGCCUUCUUUAUUAUGGUCGCUUGAGUUGGGAUGCUCUAUUUAUGAAGAUAAAUUUAAUAUAUAAGGGGCUGGGACUGGUGUGUAAUUGCUGUCCCGGGGGUUCAUGUGCUGCCCCAGCACGUCAGACUGUCCUCUCCACCCUGAGCCUGGGAGUGAGCUGCAGGUGUGAGUUUUACGAGUCACUGUUAAGAGGCAGAGCACAUCUUUAGGCCAGAAACUGUCCUUGCCUGGGAUUUUCAUUCUAUUUUGAAUUAUUUAUUUUACAAAAUGUGGGGGAAGUGUCUGUAGGAUAAGGCAGGGAAACAUAUGUGUUAGGCUUUUAUUGCCCCCUGGGAAGUGGUGAGUGUAGACACGUUGGUUCCAGAAUCUGGUUCUUCUGCAUUUCCCAGCCUGACUCUUACAAGGAGGCCUGUUGAGUGGGAGAUUCUAACCUUCUGGAAACAAAUGAUUCUCCACCUCAGGCGAGAGACCUUGGUUAGAAACAAUGGACUGAUCAACUGAUUUAGACCAACAACCAGGGAAGCCUUGGAGUCAGGAUCCUGGGCAGACCACCUCUCUGCUUUCUUCAUAAAUGGAUUUUAUGUAAAAUGCAGAGUUGGACUACAUCAUCUGUUUCAGCUCCACAAUCUGUGAUCCUUGGAUAUCUCAUGAUGGUUUGUUUUAGGUUUCUGUUCUCAUGCCUGCAAGCAGUAAAACUUGGUCUCCAGAAAUCCCCUCCCCAAGCAUCUUGUCCACACACGCUCCUCUCUCCGUGUCCUGGGUGUUGACUCUGAGCUUCAUGCUUUAGAGCAGAACCCGUUGGUGGCCUUGCUGGGUGCACCAAGCUUCCUGCUCCCCAUGAGGGCGCCAGGCUGCAGGACAACCCGGCAGCUUCCUUCCACAGAACACCAACCUUGGCCUUCCCUCUUGACUUAUGGUUGGUUCUUCUGCAUUGACCAAUAAGCCAGGAGACUGAGGGAAGGGAUCUCAGCUGCCUGAUUUUUACUGCUUAGACAUAGCUAUCAGAGCUUGACUCUUUGUCUAGAAAAACAGAGCAUCUGGGGAGCUAGUGAAAAACCCUUAGGCGAUUCCUAAGGUUUCCUUGGGUAUGCUGUACUUCGUUUGCAUAUUUGAGUGUGUGCAGAUGUGCGUGAAUUUCAUGUUUUGUUUUUUUUUAAAGGGGUGGGCGGAGGCUGAGGUAUUGGGAGUAGAGGAAGAUUUAAUUAAUUUUUGUGUGGUUAUGUUUCAUAGAGAACAUUGGUGGGUUUUUUUUUUUCUUUUUCCCUGUCAGCUGGUCUGGUGGGUUUAUGAAUUCCCAUUCUUUUUUUUUUUUUUUUUGAAUUCUCAUUCUUAAAAGACAUUGUUCAUAAAUUCUAGAAUUUUAGAUUAGGACUGUUCUACUGUGAAUAAAAUUCUGGCUCUGUUAGCCCAGCCAUUGCUUUUCUCCACUCAGGUCUAGAAUCCCAAGCAGUGUUCUUUCAUUGUGAACAUUGUGAGCUGCAGACGCAGCUUUUCUUUAGAAGGUCAUCUCUUCAGCAAUCCAGGGAUUCCUUGACCUCAUUAUUCUUUCCUGCCUCCCGUCUAGCCUUAAGUCAAGACAUUAGACCUUUGCGGUGUCAGAGGACUUUGCCUCCGUCAUGGCACCUGCUGUCUGCCUCUGGAAGUUAAACCCUCUCUGGAUCUUGAGAUCCAAGGUGUAAUCCUCUGGAUGGCCGGCCCUGACUUCAGCAGUGCUGGUGCUGCUAAGUGUGGACUGAGUGUGUACAACGUGCAGACGACACACUGCACGGGCCUUGCUUUGUUCACUGGGGCCUGCUCCAGGAACUCUGGAAAACAAGAGCCAGCAUCCCAGCAUCCUACACUGUCUGUCAUGCUCUGUCAUUUCAGGGUGGGGAAGUGAUAAACUACUUGCCUUCUAGAGCACUUUGUGAAAAAUUAAAAAACGUGCAACUCUAUGAUUGUUCAUUGGUUCCUCCAACGCUGGUCAACAGCCAACACUGCUGGAAUUUCCAGGUCUGCACCGGCCAAGGAUGUCAGAGGCCAAAGACAAUGCAGAGAUUUCCAGUAAAAUGCUGGUGUCGGAAACAAAAUUCCCAUUCAGCUACACACAUGGGAAUAUUUUCACUUACAGUUGGAACAAAUCCAUCUAAUUAGUAACUGUAGGAUAAAGAUGAGUUUUCCCAAGAGGCUUCUACAAUGUGCUUUCAAGACAUUCUUUCCAACUGAUUAGACCAAUUCGCUGGCUUGCUGGAGGCUUGGAUGUCAGAUGUUAUAUAAACGAGGAUCAUCAGAAGUAGACAUCGGGGGGCAAGUUGGUGCUUUUCACCCACCCCACGGGUUCAUCAUGCAUCCUAGGUGGGAGUUAACUCGCAAUGCCAUCCUGGUCCUUACGGCCCCGUUUCCCCAUCUGCAAGAUGAAAUGAUGCUCAGGAUAUCAGGCAGCAGUUCUCCGACCAGCAGCAGAUCUCUCCUUGGAGACUUGACAGAACCAACCAGAUGCACAUCUAACCAAGCCCCCAUCUCAAGUCCUCACUGCCAUCUCCUCCAAACACUUUUCGGAGAAUGUGGGAAGAUGAACAAAGCCAUGCACCCUAGGGAGAAGACAGAACUCCUUUGUGCGGGGACGGAAAUGCUCGUCUACUCCAGGUGCCCUCCUACAUUUCCCCACCUCCCCUGCGUUUAGAUUGGGGCCAUAGACUGGCCAACGGACUGUGAAUGGAAGUGAUGUGGUCCCUUUCGUCUAAGGCAGUCAGGAAGAGUUGUGAGUUCUCUCUACCAUCACUGGGAGUUGAAAGAAAAAUCUGAGAUGGCGGAGUUGCAAGAUGGAAGCUGCCUGGACCCUUGGAGCCGCUAAGGAGAGCUGCCCGAUUUGCAAUACCUAGUUCAGUUUUCAACAUGUCAUAUCUUAAGUUACUGAGAUUUCAUGGUUUGUUACUUUAGCCUAGGCUAGCCUAAUAGUCCCUUCCAGAAUUAUUUCAUUUUAACGGAGAUCCUAGGGGAAACGGUAACUCAAAACAGGACAGAAAUAACUUUUCAUAGUGGAACUGUGGAUACAGGUUGUAACUGGUGCCGUUGCGGCAGCCCUGUAGAAAAAGAGGGUUGACAUCGGGGCAACUUCUCGAUACCACUAAAAAUAAAUACUGUAUGCCUCUAAUGGUCCUGUGCUGCAUGGCAAAUUUGAAAAGGCUCCAAAGAAGGAAAUUUUAAGACAGUAUUCCUUCAGGCAAAAUCUCACCAAGCUGCUUCUACAGGGAGGCAAAACAAGGGAACCCAUUUUCUCAAAUGAUCUUGAAAACAUAGUCACCUAGUGCCAGACACAGAAAUCCCUUUUUUUCCUGCCCAUAUUAUCGAUUAUUAAAACACCUACUUGGCUUUCUCCACUAUCCCACAAGGACCUAGAAAACUUGAUAAUUUGGAUCCAUUUAGGAAUCCCUUUUCUUUUUUGGAAACAAUGUGACGGAAUGACAACAUGCAUCUGUUGAAUGAAGCUGCCUUUUGGGAAGACCUUGUUUCCUUCCUCCACAGAGGCCCUCCCGGCUUCCGGAGCACCAUGGACGGUUUCAAGAAUUGUGCAGAUGGUAGCAAUUGGAGACUCAGGAAAGGCUGUCAAAAAGAAGGCAAAGUACUGCCUUGGAUCCCAACUCUAAGUUUGAUUUUAUACAAGGUGUCCCCAGCCAAACUACUCCUAAGAAUGCUGUCCAGCAAGGCAUCACAUCUGAUGGCAGUCUCCUAAGACGUCAUUCUUUCCCCUAAAUGCGCAUGACACUUACCAGUGGAGAGGGUCCCUCCUAACUGUGCCACUGGCCUUCCCUCUGCUCCCUCCAACUGAACCAGCACGGGCUUCCAAAAUGCUCCUUGACAUACCUGGAACCCAGAUCCACCAGAUUAAUACUCCAGAUACAAUCCCUUUGGGUCUGGCCGCACAUGCCAACCAAGUCCCAAGCCAGUUUAUUAAUUUGACCGAAAGGUAAACAGAUGAUGGAGAUGCAGAAAGACAAGCAUAUGCGAGCAGCUAAAAGUAUUAACCCGGCUGUCCACCAGGAAACAAAUUUAAGACAUUUAAAGUGGCAUUAAAUAAAUGAGGCUAUGUUUUAUCUA